AUGGUUGGGGGCGGUGUACUCUUCAUCGUGUGGCGUCACCUGUCCAGGCUGCCCAACGUUUAUUCCCUUUUCUCCAUCAUAUUUUGCUACGCGAAUCGAGCCACAUUACUAAAAGGGCCGGGGCUGGUCGUCGACCGGAUCAUUCCGGGGCUCCCUCUUAUUGUCGUCUCAGGUGCCUUCCUCGCCUCCCUCUUCCUAAGCAUAUGGAAGAACGAGACUAGCACACAGAUUCUGGACGUAGAGCAUGGAGACCAGUCUCCCUGGGGCGCGGUUGCUUCUUGUCUGGUCUAG